CCCGCCAUGGGGCCCGCCCGCGCCGAUUACCUGGCGCCCUGGUGGGCGGCCUGGCUGCACGGGCUCCCGCACCGCGACCCCCGCCUGCAGCCCGUGCCCAGCACCUUCCGCCCGCAGGACCCCGACUACCAGCAGUCGCUGCUUGUCCUGGGCUUGCUGGCCGCCGUGUGCCUCGGCCUCAACCUCCUCUUCCUCACCGUGUACCUGAUCUGCCUGUGCUGCUGCAAGAGGGAGCAGGACGCCGAGAGCAAGCGGCCCCACUCGUGUUGUGUCACCUGGAUGGCCGUCACCGCCGGGCUCAUCUGCUGCGCCGCCGUUGGCGUCGGCUUCUACGGGAACAGCGAGACCAACGACGGCGUUUUCCAGCUGCUCUAUGCCCUGGACCAUGCCAACCAGACCCUGACUGGCAUCGACUCCCUGGUUGCCAGCACCACGCUGCAGAUGCAGGGAGCGCUGGAGCAGCACCUGGCACGGCUGAACGAGCUGCUGGCCUCGCGGGGGGAUUACGUGCAGACCCUCAAGUUCGCGCAGCAGCUGGCUGGCGGCAUUGUCCUGCAGCUCCAGGGGCUGCCAGCCUGGCGGGGCGUCAGCGCUGACCUCACCGAGCUGUCGGGACAGGUGGCCUAUGUGGAGUACUACAGGUGGUUGGCUUACCUGCUCUUCUUCAUCCUCGUCCUCACCGUCUGCCUGCUGGCCUGCCUGGGGCUGGCCAAGCACUCCCGCUGCCUCCUGCUCCUGAUGCUGUGCUGUGGGCUGCUCAUGCUGGUCCUCAGCUGGGCCUCCAUGGCCGUGGACACGGCGGCUGCGGUGGGCACCAGCGACUUCUGUGUGGCCCCGGACAAGUUCAUCCUGAACCAGACAGAUGAUGAGAUCAGCGCAGAGGUGGUUCAUUAUUACCUGUACUGUGACCAGAGCCUGAGCAGCCCCUUCCAGCAGGCCCUCACCGUGUUCCAGCGCUCGCUGACCACCAUGCAGAUCCAGAUCCAGGGGCUCAUCCAGUAUGCGCUGCCCCUCUUCCCCACAGCUGAGAAAGACCUCCUGGGGGUGCAGCAGCUCCUCAACUCCUCAGAGACCAGCCUGCACCAGCUGACAGCGCUGCUGGACUGCCGGGGGCUGCACAAGGACUACCUGGAUGGCCUCAUUGGCAUCUGCUACGACGGCGUGGAGGGGCUGCUCUACCUGGGGCUCUUCUCCCUGCUGGCGGCCGCCGCCUUCUCCACGGUGAUCUGCGCGGCCCCACGAGCCUGGCAGCAGCUGGCUGGGAGGGAGCGGGACUACGAUGACAUGGACGAGGAGGACCCGUUCAACCCCGCGGCGCGGCGCAUGGCCACGCACCGCCCGCCGCGGGGGCAGCUGCGCAGCUUCUGCAGCUACAGCAGCAGCCUGGGCAGCCAGAGCAGCCUGCAGCCCCCGGCGGCACAGACCGUGUCCAACGCCCCCGUGUCCGAGUACAUGAACCAGGCCGUGCUCUUCGGAGGGAACCCCCGCUAUGAGAACGUGCCCCUCAUCGGGAGGGGCUCUCCUCCCCCCACGCUAAGUUGCCCAUCAAGAUACUCCCCGAGCAUGAGGGCCACGUACCUGGCGGUCACCGAUGAGCACGUGCGGCACCGCGGCGACUUCCCGGCCUAGGAGGGGACACCAAAGAGCCUGAGGGACAGCAGAGCACGGGGUAGGAGCCACGGCAGGGCUGGGGGCCAAACCUGGAGCCCCCCAGCACCCCCUGCCCUCACAGCCCCACACCUGCUGCCUUAGGGGCUCCCGGGAGCGCAGAGGGGCUGUGGGGGCUCCUCCUGUCCCUGUGGAACGUUCUGGAGCACAAACCCCGCACCAUGCUGCCCUGGGGCUCCCCUAGCAAUGCAGCACCAACCACUAGUGAUCCCAAACC